GGAAUUUACAACAGAAUCCAAAUAUGCUGUCAUAUAUCAUCGCUUUGAUUUGCUUUACAGCUUGCUCCGCAAAUAUUUUGCAGCCAUACAAUGAAACAGCUAGAGAAAUGUUUCAUGCCAAUGAUGCUAAUCAAGAUGGUAUUUAUGAAAGAGCUGAGAUUGAUUACACCUUCAUGAUCUACGAUACCAAUCCAAACGACGGAAGAGUAAGCCAUGCUGAAUAUACACAAUAUAUCAACAACACAAGCCCCAGUCUUCAUGCUUUAUCUCUUGAAUUAUACAAUGUUUAUGACGUUGACAACGAUAAUCUUCUUGAAAAACACGAUUAUGACAACUUCUUCAAACUCAUGGACUAUGAUGAUAACAAUGAAGUUAGCGAACACGAAUUUGUUCACUACUGGACCAUUAUGUUCGAAUCUCUGGGUCAUUUGAUCGAUGCUGGUGGAAUUAGUUUGUAAUUGUAUGAAUAAAUAAUCCAAUUAAAAAAAA